AAGGGAUCCAGCUUUUGUAAAAAAAAUAAAUAAAUAAUGUCAGAUUUGGACUUUUCGAAUUAUCGUAACAGGAUAAUUAGGUUAAUGUUAUGAAAAUGGUUUAGAGUUAGCUUAAAUUCAACAAAAAAAAUAUAUACUUUUGACAAAAACUUGAUCCCUUUGACCGACGAGAACAUUCUUGGAGGGAUCGCUACGUUUAGGUUAGAAGGAAUUGGCUCAGAGCUCCUGCCACUCUUCAGCAUCAUCUUGUUGUGAAAACGAACUGACAUCAAAACAUUGGCAACAUUUUUUUUUUUAUAGCUAACAAUAUCCAUUUUAUUUAGCUACCUUGUCAGCUUUAGAUAUUAUCUCAAUCGGAACGCAGAAUUGAAUACGAAUUGUAUAUCAAGACGUCAUUCUUCAAUUGUAUUCAAUGGAAGAGCGGAAUGGCCACCACGGCGAGAAUGAACCGGAGACCGGGGAAAACGAAGACGCGGCGGAGCCUCCACCGAAGCAGUCGCGUUCAAGGAGUGACGAGUCGAAUAAUUUUGGAUUAGACAGUAACAACAUGGAGACAACUACGGCCGGGGGAAGUGCCACCGAUGAACGACGCACGUCCACGUCCAACUAUUCGUCAAGGCAAAGGAUUGACUCCCUGAGAAAGAUCAGGCCACCCUUCCCCUGGUUUGGGAUGGACAUCGGUGGCACCCUGGUGAAGCUGGUCUAUUUUGAGCCCAAAGAUAUCACAGCCGAGGAGGAGCAGGAGGAGGUAGAGAACCUAAAGAGCAUCCGGCGCUACCUGACCUCCAACAUAGCCUACGGUAAGACUGGGAUCAGAGAUGUUCACCUGGAGAUGAAGGACCUGACGAUAUGCGGACGCACAGGAAACCUCCACUUCAUCCGUUUCCCCACCCAGGAUCUGCCGGCCUUCCUACAGAUGGCGCGCAACAAGCACUUCUCCAGCCUCCACACCACCCUCUGUGCCACCGGAGGGGGUGCCUACAAGUUUGAGUUCGACUUCCGCCAGAUGGCUGAUCUCCAGCUGCUGAAGCUAGAUGAGCUGGACUGUCUGAUACGGGGCGUCCUCUACAUAGACUCAGUGGUGUCCAAUCCUUCAGAGUGUUACUACUAUGAGAACCCUACAGACCCUGAACACUGUGUCCAGAAACCCUUCACACUGGAGAACCCCUACCCUCUGCUGCUGGUCAACAUCGGCUCUGGCGUCAGCAUCCUGGCCGUCUACUCCAAGAACAACUACAAACGAGUAACUGGAACCAGUCUGGGUGGAGGGACAUUCCUGGGGCUGUGCUGUUUACUGACUGGCUGCUCCAGCUUCGAGGAGGCUCUGGAGAUGGCGUCGCAGGGGGAGAGCUCACACGUUGAUAAGCUAGUGAGGGACAUCUACGGCGGGGACUACGAGCGCUUCGGCCUCCCCGGCUGGGCUGUGGCCUCCAGUUUUGGGAACAUGGUGUGUAAAGAGAAGCGGGAGUCCAUCUCUAAAGAGGACCUAGCCAGAGCCACCCUGGUCUCCAUCACCAACAACAUCGGCUCCAUCACCAGGAUGGUUGCGCUCAACGAGAACAUUGAGAGGGUGGUGUUCGUAGGGAACUUCCUGAGGGUGAACACCCUGUCCAUGAAGCUGCUGGCCUACGCCAUGGACUACUGGUCUAAAGGCCAGCUGAAAGCCCUGUUCCUCAGACACGAGGGCUACUUCGGAUCAGUCGGGGCUUUGCUGGAGCUCCUGGAUCCAUCCUGAUUGCUACGGUGGCCCUGAAGGUCAAACUAGCACUUAAGACCCACGGACUGCUCUUACCCAAAGCCAGACUCGCACUUAGACUUAAGCUCUUAAACCAAAAAACCGUCCGUCCAUCAGGACUACACCUUUAUACUUUUAUCCUCCUCACUCCAUUGGUGCGGUGUGCUAGCAUGUACAAGUAGCCAGAUAGGUAGCCUGUACAGUAGCUAGAUAGUUAGGCUGUAUAGUAGAUAGGUAGCCUGUACAGUAGCUAGAUAGUUAGGCUGUAUAGUAGAUAGGUAGCCUGUACAGUAGCUAGAUAGUUAGGCUGUAUAGUAGAUAGGUAGCCUGUACAGUAGCUAGAUAGUUAGGCUGUAUAGUAGAUAGGUAGCCUGUACAGUAGCUAGAUAGUUAGGCUGUAUAGUAGAUAGGUAGCCUGUACAGUAGCUAGAUAGGUAGGCUGUAUAGUAGAUAGGUAGCCUGUACAGUAGCUAGAUAGGUAGGCUGUAUAGUAGAUAGGUAGCCUGUACAGUAGCUAGAUAGUUAGGCUGUAUAGUAGAUAGGUAGCCUGUACAGUAGCUAGAUAGUUAGGCUGUAUAGUAGAUAGGUAGCCUGUACAGUAGCUAGAUAGGUAGGCUGUAUAGUAGAUAGGUAGCCUGUACAGUAGCUAGAUAGUUAGGUAGCCUGUACAGUAGCUAGAUAGUUAGGCUGUAUAGUAGAUAGGUAGCCUGUACAGUAGCUAGAUAGGUAGGCUGUAUAGUAGAUAGGUAGCCUGUACAGUAGCUAGAUAGGUAGGCUGUAUAGUAGAUAGGUAGCCUGUACAGUAGCUAGAUAGGUAGGCUGUAUAGUAGAUAGGUAGCCUGUACAGUAGCUAGAUAGUUAGGCUGUAUAGUAGAUAGGUAGCCUGUACAGUAGCUAGAUAGGUAGGCUGUAUAGUAGAUAGGUAGCCUGUACAGUAGCUAGAUAGGUAGGUAGAUUGUAUAGUAGACAGGUAGCCUGUAGGGUAGCUAGAUUGGUAGCCUGUAGAGUAGCUAGAUUGGUAGCCUGUAUAGUAGACAGGUAACCUGUACAGUAGCCAGGUAGGUAGACUGUAGAGUAGCUAGAUUGGUAGCCUGUAUAGUAGACAGAUUGGUAGACUGUAUAGUAGACAGGUAGCCUGUACAGUAGCCAGGUAGGUAGCCUGUAUAGUAGACAGGUAGCCUGUACAGUAGCUAGAUAGGUAGCCUGUAUAGUAGACAGGUAGCCUGGUAGGUAGACCGUAGAGUAGCUAGACAGGUAGCCUGUACAGUAGCCAGGUAGGUAGCCUGUAUAGUAGACAGGUAGCCUGUACAGUAGCCAGGUAGGUAGACUGUAUAGUAGACAGGUAGCCUGUAGGGUAGCUAGAUUGGUAGCCUGUAUAGUAGACAGGUAGGUAGACUGUAGAGUAGCUAGAUUGGUAGCCUGUACAGUAGCCAGGUAGGUAGCCUGUAGAGUAGACAGGUAGCCUGUAGGGUAGCUAGAUUGGUAGCCUGUACAGUAGCCAGGUGGGUAGACUGUAGAGUAGCUAGAUUGGUAGCCUGUACAGUAGCCAGGUAGGUAGCCUGUAUAGUAGACAGGUAGCCUGUACAGUAGCUAGAUAGGUAGACUGUAUAGUAGACAGGUAGCCUGUACAGUAGCUAGAUAGGUAGCCUGUAUAGUAGACAGAUUGGUAGCCUGUAUAGUAGACAGGUAGCCUGUACAGUAGACAGGUAGCCUGUACAGUAGCUAGAUAGGUAGCCUGUAUAGUAGACAGGUAGCCUGUACAGUAGCUAGAUAGGUAGACUGUAUAGUAGACAGGUAGCCUGUACAGUAGCUAGAUAGGUAGCCUGUAUAGUAGACAGAUUGGUAGCCUGUAUAGUAGACAGGUAGCCUGUACAGUAGACAGGUAGCCUGUACAGUAGCUAGAUAGGUAGCCUGUAUAGUAGACAGAUUGGUAGCCUGUAUAGUAGACAGGUAGCCUGUACAGUAGCUAGAUAGGUAGCCUGUAUAGUAGACAGAUUGGUAGCCUGUAUAGUAGACAGGUAGCCUGGCCCGUCUGCAUACGUUUGACAGGAAUAUGAAUCGCUCCAGGAACGCCACCACUGUUGCCUUACCUGCUGGAUGAGCACAUGUCUGUUUGGCAGGUUUAAUAGAAUUGCUUGAUUGCUCUGUCACCAUCAGCAGCCAAUGGCUCGGCUCUAAUGUUGACCUCCAUAGAAGGUUGCCCAAUGGCUGAGGCCCAAUGGGCAUUCUCCUGGCACUAGCGUCAGGGUUAAUGCCAGUCAAUACAGGAAGCACACUGACGUUCCAAUUCUCUUAAAUGCUUUUCAAUCAGGAAAAUGUGGAAUUUGGUUUACUUUCUGAAUUGACAGGAAUUGUAAUGGAAUUGAUCUCAACCCUGAUUAACUGUUACGUUAACUUUCUUUUAUUUAUUUUAUUUUUACUAUUGUUUACUGUGCCAUUUUUCAGCUCAGCUGCAAAGUAAUUGUUACAUAUUGAUGGAAGAGAUGUUGAUUGAUAUAUCUGAUGACAAAUGGAAUAUUUGGGGGGUCUGUUUUGGACAUAAAUGUUAAGUUAUUCUAUGUUCACCUUCAAUGAACUGUUACCAAUGAACCUGACUCUUAUUCAACUUUACAUGAUAGUUAAACAUUUAGUCUUUAUACUGCCUUGAGUCUGUCUGUCUGUCUGUCUGUCUGUCUGUCUGUCUGUCUGUCUGUCUCUUUCUCUCUCUCUGUCUGUCUACUAUACUAGUUUCAACUGUUCUCAUUAUUAGGCCUACUUUAACUACCUUUAUUCAGAUCACCAUGCCACAGGUAUUCUUCCUGGAGUCCAUACACAUAACUAAAAAUACAUUACAGUUUACAUUAAGACACGGUAGUAGGCAACACUUUCAGGGAUCUGGAUCUGCUGUAUUUGUAUAGGGGUUUUAAAGGGGAGUCCCGGGUCAGACUCCCCUUUGCCUCCAGAACAUCCUGAAUUCUUUGAGGAAUGGAAACAUUGCUUAAUUGGUAUCAAGGGACCUUAACGUGUAGCAGGAAAAACAUUCUCUACACCACCGCCACCAGCCUGUAAUCAUAUACAUGCUUUAGUCCUAUCCCAAAGGCAAGUAACGUACACAAGUUGUUCGUGUUCAGUCUCAUCAAAUCAGCUCUGUUUUUUUUUUCUGUUUUGUGUUAUGGUGCAGCGUAAUUGUUUUACAUGAUACUAGUGCUUCACAUUCAGCUCAAUACAUUCUGUUAAGUGCCUGGUAUGUUGUAGUCUAGGAAAGGUAGAAAUGCAGACAAUCCUAUGAAGACAUGCUUUUUGAAAUCAGACCUGUCUUUGACUCCAUACACCAAGUUCUCUAUCUGUUGGUGAUGUACAAUGUUAAAAAAAAAAUGUUAUUACUAAAUUUUUGUAAUAAAUAUAUUUUGUGUCAUAUAAAUUAUUUGAUUGUCA